CCAAAGCACACCAAGACCGACGUGGCGACGACCAUGAGCUCCCCGGCCAAGCCCGUGUACGUGCCCUCGCAGACGCGCGACGCGUGGUUCCAGAAGCUGCGCUCGGGCGUGGCCAACAAGGGAUGCUUCGACUGCAACAAGCGCCACCCCACGUGGGCCACGGUCACGUACGGCGUCUUCAUCUGCCUCGACUGCUCGGGCUACCACCGGCGCCUGGGCGUGCACCUGUCGUUCGUGCGCUCCAUCGACAUGGACGAGUGGACGGAGGACCAGCUCAAGGCCAUGUCCGUGGGCGGCAACGCCGAGGCGCGCAAGUUCUUCAAGCAGUACGGCGCCGCCGAGAUGACGAGUAUUGAGGCCAAGUACAACUCCAAGGCGGCGCAGAUGUACAAGAUCGCGCUGGCCAAGAAGGUCAAGGCUUCGACGCUGCAGAUCGUGGCGCCGGAGGUGGAGGAGGAGACUCGCGACAAUGAGAUUGACGGUCUGGAGGCACUGGUGAAGCACGUGGAGAUCAAGAGCGAGACCACUUCGGCGGCUGUGCACGGUCACUUGCCGGCUGCUGCUCAUGUGGUGAAGAAGCCGACGCCGGCAGCGGCUCCCACUCAACCGUCGGGUUUGUUGACGGUGAACCGCCCCGUUGUGUUGCUGGGAGCGAAGGCUGGAGAGGCCACGACCCCCGCCACCACUAGCUCUACGCAGCUGAACACGCGCACUAGCAAGGCUACUCGUCUAGGAGCAACGAAGCUGUCAACAGGUGGUAAGGCCACGCGCCUUGGAGCUACGAAGUUGUCGACGGGUGCCGAUGACUUUGACUUUGACGACAUUCCGUUUGAGAACCCGCCUCCGCCUGCACCUACCGCUGAGGAACUGUCCAUGGAGAAGCAGAUUAAGGACGACGAAGCCCUGGCACGAGCUCUGCAAGAGGCUGAAGACGAGCGCCCAUCAGCUAGAUCCGCACUCGCACCAGCGGCAUAUCAGCCCGCUCCGGUGCAAACGCAGACCCUGGACAAGUACAAGAACGCCAAGUCCAUCUCGUCCGACAACUUUUUCGGCGGCGAGGCAGUGCAGGCGGACAGCUCCCACCUGGCACGAUUCCAGGGCUCCCAGUCCAUCUCGAGCGAUGCGUUCUACGGCAACAACACCAGAGGCCGAUCCGCUUCCGGAGAGUUGACCGAUGAAGCUGCUUAUCAGCUGCAGUUGAUGAAGGACAACAUGGCCAACAAGGCCGCUAAGCUCAAGAACAUGACGAGCGGCUUCUUCAACGACUUGCAGACGCGCUACUCAGCACGGCUACAAGGACCUGGACAAGGAGGAGCAAAAAACCAGGAGCGGAAGCACUUCGCCAUCUUCUCCAAACUGUGCAUCGAGAAGAUCGAGAAGGAGAGAGAGAUCAACCACGUGCGCGAGGAGUUCUCCAAGUUCAAGAUGGAGAAAGCUGAGCAAGACGACGAGUUCGCGCGCAUGCGAGAGGAGAACGCCAAGUUGAAGAAGCAGUUGGCGGAGGUGCUGAGGACCAGCCAGGAGCUCGGAGCACUGAUGCGACUGCGACGCGAUCAACAAGGAGGUCGAGCUCACGCAGAAGAUGACCCCGCAGCUGGAGACGACGCGCGGCAAGUACUAGAAGACCGGCAGCUCGCGGUCCACGGAGCCGACAAACUCAACUCGUCCGACAGCUCGUCCGCUUUCAGCGAGAACGAGCACUGGAAGGAGGUCUGCCAUUGA